GUGAAAUGUUAUGUUUUGCAUACUAAGCAAUGUGCGCAACUUUUGAUUCGCUCGUUAGCUUUAGUGUUUUCUUAUUGCUGGAAGAUAAUUUAUUUCAUGCAUUGGUUUAAAAAGACCCUUAAUCCCUUGGGUGCAGUUAAUCGAUCUUGCAAGCAAACAAGUUUGAGAGUGGAGCGUUUGAGUGCCGAACAACUUUGUUGUUUACAAAUCAUCUUAUCAUGACCGAGAAGUCAAAGAGGAAAACCAGACUGAGAAAAGAAGAAGAAAUGGAGAAACCGAACGAAGAGCUGGAAUCAAUCACAGUUGUUUAUAAUGGCAAAGAUCAUACAGUGAAUUUUCCAAACAAUGCGGACGCAAAAGUCAUUUGCCAAAGCAUCAAGCGAGAGACGGGCGUCAAAGGUUCGUUCUAUGUCCACUUCGGCGAGAAGUCGAACAACUAUUUACAUUGCUCAAGUGUCACCAGAGGAAAUCUGGCUAAACUUGCUGGGCAAUCUCUUGAAGUUAGGGGUGGAAAUGCUUUCAACAAAGGAGGAGAUCCAAUCUGGUAUUAUAACAGCCAAUCACUGAAACCUGCAGUCCAGGAGAAGUUUAAAGAGAUGCAAAUUAUACCCUUCGACAACCCACCGUGACAGUGACAGUGACAGACAUCACCAUCCAGCCUGUUAAGGGCUAUAGACUAUCUUUUGUCUGAAGUGUUUAUGACCCGCAUAUAUGCAGUCACUUUCAGAUCUCUGAAGGUUGACUUAAUGGAAGUUCUUAGUGUGAUUAUUGUGCAGUUCCAGAAAAUAUCCAUACCUCCCCCACAGAAGGGAUUUUUUCCUAAGAUGCCACCCCUCCCCCCCACCAACCCAUCCCUUGAGGACUUCCAAUCAAGCUUUGUACAUUUUUUAAAUGUUUUGGUCCUAUAGACCCUUCCCCCGUCCCCAUGAAAUUCCAAUCCUUUUUGAGAGGGGACGUAUGGAUAUUUUCUGGGCCAGCACAUUGCCUGUAGCAGGCAGGGACAACAUUCAUACCAGAUCAACUCCGAUUACUGGUCAACUAGUCAAGGACGACACACAAAAACAUGACCCUAAUUAUUCUUCAAUAGGACGCAGCUGAUCCUGUCUGAGUUUUGUAUUCGCGUGCCAGAGGCAUUAGUAAGCGACAAGUCGCUCACUGCUUUGGCAGGGUAAAAUGUACAAUGGUUUUCCUAGAAAUGAUGUUGUGUGCAGUCAAAAGGUGGUGGUGAGCUACAGCUGUUGAAUGAAAGUUGGCAGAAAGGAAUUUAUGGAUAAAAUCAUUUAGUAAAAUAUAAUACAAUUUGUACAUAUUAUACAUACUAUAUUUUGUAUUGCUGUGUGAAUGAUUGGAUGUGUUGCGGAAAUUGUGAAAGAAGUGUUAUUUAAAAGUUUGGACGAGCUUUUUUGUAAGAUGUAAAUAAUGAAAUUAAAAAUAACUUCUGAAUAUAGUUUAAUGACCAGAAAAGACUUCUGUCAGUAACAGUUGAAAUGGCUUUGUGUUUGCAGUUUGGUCUGUAAGCAGUUGUCAUGAGAGCCUGAAUUGGCCUUUACUCGGUACUAUUACCAAUAUUUUUUUACAAUUUUGGUUGAUGGUUAAUUAAAUGCAAUUACGAAUCUCUUGGAUUAUGUAUUUGAACUGUGCUGAAGCCCAUGAAAUGUUCCACACGUUAGAGAGGAGUUCCACAGUUGAAAAUUAAUUCUUUAUCUCAGCUGUUCAAGUAAAUGGACUUGAGAGUUGCCACCUCUAUUCACUUUGUUUGGUUGGGAUUUGCUUUGUAACUCAAGAUCUGUACCUACAAGGGAAAGGUUAUUGUAGUGUCUCAAAUGAAAAUGUGCCCACCAAGUGUAAUUCACUUCUAUCUUUAAAAUGUGGAACUUCCAAUAUCUCACACCCAUUUUCCUUUUCUUGGGAGGUUCAAAAACUACAGUAGAGACCACCUCUUUACAAUGGUCACCUCUCUUUAACGGCCACUUUUUUUGGUCCGGGCAGACAGUCCAUACAUUCACUCCUAUUUUAACUUCUCUACAACGGCCACCUCUCCACAACGGAAAUGGCCACUAAAGUGCGUCCCAACAGUGAAAAUAACCUCUCGACAACGGCCAGUUAAUAAACGACCAAUAGAAGAGUGCAUACAAAACCUCAGUUUUACUUCAAAAGGUCACCAACCUUUAUAUCAUACCAUGCAUUGUUGGUCACCGUUUCUGUUUAGUUUUGAUUUUAUUGAUAUCUUUUGAUUGUGUUAUGUAUUUAUAUGCUAAUAUAAGCAUUUUUUAAAAUAUAAAUGUUGCACCCCUGAGGGGAACAGGUGUCACAUUACACCCCUACCUCUCCAAAAUGGCCACUUCUUUACAAUGGCUUCUUUCCUCUGUCCCCAAGGAGAGAGGAAAUGGUAGAGAGGUUCAACUGUACACUGAACAAAUACACAAAAAAUUCAAGAGAAAUUAAACGAUUAUGGAAGAAUGGCUCAUACAACAGUUCCUUUUCAGUUAUUUAUUAAAAUUUAAUGUUACGUUACACAGUGUACCUGACAGUACACCCUGUGGAUAAGUUACUCUUUAUUGUUAACCCCUUUGUCAAGGAGGUGGCUUCAACAGAUUAAAUUAAAUGGGCUUGAAAAAUAUUUCGCACUAAAAAUAUUUCUUUGCCCGGAUGGGAGAAUCAUGUUUUGAUCUACUGAUAGUUUCCCAAAUUAUUUUUUGUUGUUUGCACAAUAUCAUCUGAGGAGAUUAAAGUACUUUUGACUUUCAGUCCUGUACAAGUCACAUUACAAUACAUAACAUACACUACUGCAUGCUAAUAUUGUGAAUUUGCUUACAUUAUUACAAGAUGGUCGUUGACAUGUUGAUCUAAGCAAACACUAGGCACUAACGAGGCACUUAAUGAGCUAUCAAGGUCAUCAGAGGGGCUGAACAGCUUCUCCAGACCUUUCUUCGCAAAUAUGGUAACCAGUAUUUCUGUGGAAUUUUUCUAUAGUUUAGAACAUUCUACAGAUUCCAUGAUUAACUGUAUCUACUGUUUUGUGACAAAUAUUAUUUUGGCAUUUAUUGCAUGUUACGACUGACAUUCAUAAUUACAUGACCAAUUGGAUUAAAAGGCUCAUAACUACUCUGUCAUCAACAACAGCGGAUUUUGCUUCAAGUAGACAUGUAAUCAUACUACCUUCUACUGUAAAUAUACUCUAUUACGUUGAUAGUUAAUAGAGAUUGUACACCUUCAAUUAGGCACAGACCAUCCAUUCUUUUGAGGGGGGGAUAUUUUUUUGAGGUGGUUGGAUGGGCUUUUUUCUGGGGCAUGGAUUUUUCCCCCACCUUUAUGUUGAGCAUGUUUUUUUUUGGCGGGGGGNGGGGAUGGGCAAUAACUUGUGCAAGAAUUUUUUUAAAGUCAAGCGCAGGACCUGGAUAGUAGAAAUCCCUUGCUCAAUUUUUUCCCCAUGGUUCCCCUUCAAGAAUUUUUUUCAGCUGGUUUUGCUGUGCAGGAAUGUAUUUUU